UUUUGGGGUGCGGUGAAGAACUGGCUUCGAGAGCACUGCGAUUAUACUUUCGAGACUCUCCGGGAGAACAUGCCGAAGGCACUUCGGUCAGUGUCAGUUGAGCUGAUCCGAAAAUGGGAGCAUCGGGCUUGGAGGUUUGUUGACGCAUAUGCUGAGGGCCUCGGAGCGCGGGAGGCACAGCAGAAAGUGAAGGAAUUCAGUUCGCGCAGGUAUAAGUCCCACCGCCGUAUCCCGGAGCAGCUGGCACAGGCGAUGGACGCCACGUAG